GAAAAUAUCAUGUAUUUAUUGUGUCAAAUUGAGUUUUGCAGGACAAAAUGUCCACACCUAUUUUCUUCAUACACAAUAAAAGUGGAGUUGAUUAGUUUUAGGAAGUGAUGAGUUGGAAGCAGACAAAGGACGCCCAGUGGGAGUGGAACAGAGCGGCCUCAGUGUGUGUGCAGGAAUCAGGAGAAUGGCACUCGUCUGCCCACAACUCCCAUCAUGCAUUGCUGCCUCUCCUGCGUCCUGCUCACACUCUCUCUGACAGCAGCAAGACGACGCCAACAAAUCUCCAUCAGCAGCUGAGAAGAAGAAUGGAUGUCUUUGACCGUCUGUCACCUUUCAUCUCCCGGGUCUCAGCAUCCUCAAAAGAAGAAGGUCCUCCUCAUCCUCCAUCUUCUCGCUGGUCUUCCCUCGCCGCUUUUUCAUCGCCUGUCAUGAAAAAGAAAGUCACUUCAUUCCCGUUUGAUGAGAAAUGUCAUGACAAACGAUCAACUUCAGACAGCUCCUUUGGAUCUGGUUCCUGUUCUUCCACAUUUGUUUCAGACCACGUCAGUCAGGUCUCUGGGAGAACACCGGGUCUUGAGAAGAACAACAACAAACACUCUUCAAAAGGUCCGGCAAAGUCCUCCACCGUCUUCUCUCCUGCCCAGACCAACACUUCUCCCUCCGACCUUCUUGAACCAAAGCCAAGCUAUUCUCGCUUUGCGUUCCCGGUCAAGACCGAGGCGACUCCAAGUGCCAUCUUCCAAUCCCCCAGACACCAUCCGUCCGGCAACAUUCAAGCUGAAACGCUUGAAGGAGCAGCUUUCUUGGACUUUUCCGUGGCAAGUCUGAGUCUGCGUACAACUGACAUCUCAAAUAUGCACCGAGGAAGGAGGUCGGCUUGUUCUAGUCACGCUGCGUACGAGAAAAUGCACUCUGAGAGGACUGCAACUCUCCGGGUCACUCCCGCAAAUCCUGCAGAGCAUCUGUCGUCUCAGCCAACCAGGAGAAGGUGCUUACGGGAUCAGAAAAAAACUGGACGGACAACACCAGAGAAGAACCCUGCGUUGACAACAGGUGCUCAGAUGGAUGUGGAGGACCAAGUCAGGCGGUCUUGCUCUGUUUGGAAUGAUCAGAGCAGCCAUGGCUGGACCUACAGGGGAGAUCCAAACAAGACAUGUAUGGUGCACCCUUUGCGACACGCAUCUGCUGACGUCCAUGAUCCAGGUCUUCUAGACACGUCUUUCACAUCUGCUGGCAUCCGUGAUCCAGGUAUUCUAGACAUGUCUAUCACACCUGCUGACGUCCAUGAUCCAGGUCUUCUAGACAUGUCUUUCACAUCUGCUGACGUCCGUGAUCCAGGUCUUCUAGACAUGUCUUUCACAUCUGCUGACGUCCGUGAUCCAGGUCUUCUAGACAUGUCUUUCACAUCUGCUGACGUCCGUGACCCAGGUCUUCUAGACAUGUCUUUCACAUCUGCUGAUGUCCGUGAUCCAGGUCUUCUAGACAUGUCUUUCACAUCUGCUGACGUCCGAGAUCCAGGUCUUCUAGACAUGUCUUUCACAUCUGCUGACAUCCGUGAUCCAGGUAUUCUAGACAUUUCUUUCACAUCUGCUGACGUCCGUGACCCAGGUCUUCUAGACAUGUCUUUCACAUCUGCUGACGUCCGUGAUCCAGGUCUUCUAGACAUGUCUUUCACACCUGCUGACGUCCGUGACCCAGGUCUUCUAGAAAUGUCUUUCACAUCUGCUGACGUCCAUGACCCAGGUCUUCUAGACAUGUCUUUCACAUCUGCUGACGUCCGUGAUCCAGGUAUUCUAGACAUGUCUUUCACAUCUGCUGACGUCCGUGAUCCAGGUCUUCUAGACAUGUCUUUCACACCUGCUGACGUCCGUAAUCCAGGUCUUCUAGACAUGUCUUUCACAUCUGCUGACGUCCGUGACCCAGGUCUUCUAGACAUGUCUUUCACAUCUGCUGACGUCCGUGAUCCAGGUCUUCUAGACAUGUCUUUCACACCUGCUGACGUCCGUGAUCCAGGUAUUCUAGACAUGUCUUUCACAUCUGCUAAAGUCCGUGAUCCAGGUCUUCUAGACAUGUCUUUUACAUCUGCUGAUGUCCGUGAUCCAGGUCUUCUAGACAUGUCGUUCACAUCUGCUGACGUCCGUGAUCCAGGUAUUCUAGACAUGUCUUUCACAUCUGCUGAUGUCCGUGAUCCAGGUCUUCUAGACAUGUCUUUUACAUCUGCUGAUGUCCGUGAUCCAGGUCUUCUAGAUACAUCUCAAGAACAUCCCUUCAACUUGGCCAAGUCUAGCGCGUCACCAAGCAGAGGUCGUGUGGAGGAGCACCCCUACUAUUACAUCACCUUGGAUGAUUCUGAUUAUGAGGGUAAGUGGAGAGACAGAAAGGGGGCGUGGCACUGA